CUCCCUGCGUCCCCAGCAGGCAUGGCGCGCGCCUUGGGCCCUGAGCGGCGGCUGCUGGCCGUCUACACUGGCGGCACCAUCGGCAUGCGGAGCGAGGGCGGCGUGCUGGUCCCCGGCAGGGGCCUGGCUGCCGUCCUGAGGACGCUGCCCAUGUUCCACGACCAGGAGCACGCGCGGGCCUGUGGCCUCCCCGAGGACACCCUGGUGCUGCCCCCCGCCAGCCCGGGCCAGAGGAUCACCUACACCGUGCUGGAGUGCCAGCCCUUGUUCGACUCCAGCGACAUGACCAUCACCGAGUGGGUCCAGCUUGCUCAGACCAUCGAGCGACACUAUGAACAGUACCACGGCUUUGUGGUCAUCCACGGCACGGACACCAUGGCCUUCGCCGCCUCCGUGCUGUCCUUUGUGCUGGAGAACCUACAGAAACCUGUGGUCCUCACGGGAGCCCAGGUGCCCAUCCACGCACUGCAGAGUGACGGGCGCGAGAACCUGCUGGGGGCUCUGCUCAUGGCCGGCCAGUUCGUCAUCCCCGAGGUCUGUCUGUUCUUCCAGAACCAGCUGUUUCGGGGCAACCGGGCCACCAAAGUGGACGCUCGGAGGUUUGCGGCCUUCUGCUCACCCAACCUGCAGCCCCUGGCCACCGUGGGCGCAGACGUCACAAUCAGCCGGGAGCUGGUGCGGAAGGGCAGCGGGAAGGGCCGGCUGCGGGUGUGCGGCAGCAUGGAGCGCGACGUGGGCCUGCUGCGCCUCUACCCCGGGAUCCCCGCCUCCCUGGUCCGGGCCUUCCUGCAGCCGCCGCUGAAGGGCGUGGUCAUGGAGACCUUCGGCUCAGGCAACGGGCCCAGCAAACCGGACCUGCUGCAGGAACUGCGGGCAGCGGCCGAGCGUGGACUGAUCAUUGUCAACUGCACCCACUGCCUCCAGGGGACCGUGACCUCAGACUACGUGGCCAGCACGGCCAUGGCAGGAGUGGGCGUCGUCUCCGGCUUUGACAUGACGUCGGAGGCCGCCCUGGCCAAGCUGUCCUAUGUGCUGGGCCAGCCGGGGCUCAGCCUGGACCGCAGGAAGCAGCUGCUGGCCACGGACCUCCGCGGGGAGAUGACGCUGCCGGCAGAGGAGAGGAGCUGGCGUCCGCUGCAGGGCAGCCUGCUGUGCCGUGGGCUCGCCUGGCUUUUGAGGCUUGGUGACGGCCAGGAGGCUGAUGCUGUGCGGGACGUGCUGGUGCCCAGCCUGGCCUGUGCCGCAGCCCACGCCGGGGACCUGGAGGCUCUGCAGGUGCUUGCGGAGCUGGGAAGUGACCUAGGUCUGGAGGACUUCAGAGGUCAGACCCCUCUGCACGCGGCCGCCCGGGCGGGCCAGGCCGGGGUGGUGGCCGUGCUGCUGCAGAGCGGCGUGCAGGUGGACACUCGUGACGAGGACGGCUGCAGCCCGCUGCUGCUGGCCGUGCGGGGCAGGCACCAGGGCGUCAUCGAGCUGCUGCGGGCGGCCGGGGCUCGCCUGUCCCCCCAGGAGCUGGAGGACGUGGGCACGGAGCUCUGCAGGCUGGCGGCCCGGGCGGACACUGCAGGCCUGCAGGCAUGGACGCAGGCAGGGGCUGACCUGGGGCGGCCCGGCUAUGACGGACGCAGUGCCCUGCAUGUCGCCAGAGCAGCUGGGACCUGGGAGGCCGUGUCCUUCCUGCAGGGCCCCGAGGGUGCCCAGGCCUCAGAGGCCUCAAGUCCAGAGGUGCUGCCUGGUGUCUAGCCUGAGGCCGUCCUGCUGCAGCUCAAGCCUCCCCUAACCCCUGGAAGACCUGCCCACCGAUGGUGCUGCACCCUCACUGCGGGGCCGCAGGAAAUAAAGUUGCCUCCCAGCUC